CUGGGAGAACAUACCCAACAAUUCAAUUGGAAAUUAUUGGUACAGAUCAUGGCCUAUUUUAGUGGUUCUGUGGAGUGCUUUAUCAGUUGCUGUCUCUGUCAAUGGAUGCCACAUUCUGAAUUUAUUUGAUUUUGUGAUCAGGGCAUCUUCCCUGCCAGAAAGAAGACAGUGUGCAUUUUUCCAGAAGCGCGAGAUGAAUCAAAUGAAACUCUUCUCCGUGAAGCUGAAUGAUGGCCACAUCAUGCCACUCCUGGGGUUGGGCACCUCAGCUCCCAGCAAAGUUCCUAAGAGUAUGGUAGAGGAGGCGGUCGAGAAGGCCAUCAGCGUGGGCUACCGUCAUAUUGACUCUGCUCAAGCGUACAUGAAUGAAGAGGAGGUUGGGAGGGCCAUCCAGAGGAAGAUUGCUGCUGGCACUGUGAAGAGGGAGGACAUAUUCUGUACCUCGAAGGUCUGGAGCAACUUUUCCCAUCCGGAAUUGGUGCAAACUAGCCUGCAGCAUUCCCUGAGGAAACUUCAGAUGAGCUACUUGGAUCUCUAUCUUAUUCACUUCCCAGUAGCUGUGAAGGCUGGGGAGGACCCCUUUCCAAGGGACGCAUGCGGAAAUGCAGCGCUGGAGGACGUGGAUUUCUGUGACACAUGGGAGGCCCUGGAGAAAUGUAAGGAUGCAGGGCUGGUCAGGUCCAUUGGUGUCUCCAACUUUAACCUCAGGCAGCUGGAGAUGCUCCUGAACAAGCCUGGGCUCAAGUACAAGCCUGUCUGCAACCAGGUGGAGUGUCACCCUUACCUGAACCAGAGCAAACUGCUGGAAUUCUGCAAGGACAACGAUAUUGUCUUGGUAGCAUAUGCUGCGCUGGGGUCUGAUGUGGAGAAGGAAUGGGUGACCAAGAACUGCCCCCUUCUCCUGAAGGACCCAGUGCUGAAGGCCAUUGCCCAGAAGCAUGGUCGCAGCCCUGCCCAGGUGGCCCUGCGCUACCAGCUACAGCGGGGCGUGGUGGUCCUGGCCAAGAGCUUCAGUGAGAAGAGGAUCCAGGAGAACUUACAGAUUUUUGAUUUCCAGUUGCUCCCAGAGGACAUGGAGGCAAUUGAUGGUCUAAACAGAAACGUCCGCUAUUUUCAAGACCUUUAUUUCAUUCAACAUCCAAAUUACCCGUUUUCUGAUGAUGAUUAAUGGCGGUGUCCCUGGGUGCUCCAGAGUUCCUGGGUCUUGCUCAGUGGCUGGAGGACAUGUCAGGGGUCACUCCAGGCUUGCUGUGGGUCACUCAGCCUGCUCAGGUUCACUGGAACUUGAGUUUCUCAUCAGGGAAUCCAAGUCUCCAAACGCCUCCUUCCCCUUCUCCCCAAAGCCAAUAAAGAGACUUAGCAAAGAAUCCCCUUUACCCUGCUGAGGCUUCGUGAGUAUGUGUUUCUCCUCGUCAGGGUCACUGAGUGGGGACACUGAUAUUCCUGGAAGUGUCCCCACAGAUGUGCUCACACCAGGGACUAACCAGGCUGGACACUGCUUAGCUUCUGAGAUCAGACGAGAUGUGACAAGACGUGCUCCGUGUGGCUGUAGCUGUGAAUGUGUUUACUAUACAUUUUGCGUAGACAUUCUUGAAUGAAUUGAAAACUUAAUAAAGAGUAACCCCAAA